AUGACUCUGCUCUCAAGGCACUGGAAUGAUCUUUGGUUGCAGCAUGGGCGGCUUGCGUUCGAUUUGGACUUCUUGUAUAGUGUGUGGUAUGACGAUGAUGAAGAAGAUGGUAUAACCCUUGGGAACAUAAUCAAUAAUAUCCUGCUUCCCCGUGCUGGGCCUGUUAAGAAAUUUACUCUACAGAUUUCGUAUGAGGAUCCUCAGCCGCCGCAGUUUGAUAUUGAUAGGUGGUGUCUUUUUCUGUCAAAAAAUGGUGUGGAGGAACUUAACAUAUGUUUAGAUAGUGAGGAAAAGAGAUAUCAGGUGCCAUUUUGUUUACUCUCUUGCAGGACAAUUAAGGAACUGAAAGUCCGAGGUCCCUCUAUUGAUUUACCUGUAAAUGCUUGUGGUAUAUUUUCCAAUGUCACUUCAUUAGCUUUCUACAGUGUUGAAUUGAAGUUCAGUGUUAGUGGAAUUGCCUCUAGUAUUAGUUUUCCUAAACUUGAGAAGCUGGCUUUUGGAUAUUGUCGAGGGAUCAAUAAGUUUGAGAUCGGCCAGCCAAAGCUUGAAAUGUUAUCUGUUAUUGGUUCUAUAUAUGGUGUAGUUUAUUCGAGAUGGUUGGCACCGCAUUUGAAAAACAUUAAGACUCUUUGGUUGUGUGGUUCUUCGUUGUGGGAUAUGGAUGUAUCUGUGUUUCCAACUGCAAUAAAUUUGCAAGUGAUGAAGAUAUAUCAAUUAAAUUUUGAUCUUCGGAAGCACCUCGCCGUUGCUAUGCAAUUACUUCAAAAAUGCCCCAACCUAUGUGAACUGCGGAUUAUUGCGAAUGACCUAGAGUUUGUAUAUGGCCCUUUAGCUUGGAAUGAUGACGAAGAAGGUGCUUCAAGGCUUUUGGAGGAUCCAAACGGUGGCUUUGUUAUUCAGGAUCUAAAGAUGCUUAACACAAUCAAGAUUGAAUCAUUUAGUGACAACGCAAUCGAAAUGCUUUUUAUGAAAAUGCUGCUUUCAAAAUCCCCUGCGCUAGAGAGAGUUGUUAUUGUGAAGUCUUGGCGUACGAAUGCCCUGGCGAGAAAAAUCCAAAGGAAGUUGGAAUGCUUCCCUCGUGCAUCUCCAAACGCACAAAUUGUCUGCACGGGCAAUUACUAUGCAUCUAUGCAUAAUGAUUGGAAGGAUACCCAUGGUUUUGUACUUUCAAAAACUUAGUAUGGUGAAUCUCCAUGGGUUCUAUUUGGUUGCAGCUUAGAAAUGUAAGCAAACUAGAAAUGUAAGCAAAUGUUUUGUUGGAAGUUGAAAUGUUUUCUAAUUUGUUCGCA